CGGCUAUUCCGUUGACGCGCAGUCAGGGUAAGCAUGGAAGCUGUAACUCGCGAAGACGAGUACGAGCACGUGACACUCGACGUAAUGUACAUAACGAGUAACAUACCAGGACCGGGUGUAAAUCUUGAUGACUUUGAAUCAGAAUUUAGUCAUGGUUGCACCUGUAAGUCAAGCUGUACAACCUCGUGCUCGUGCACGCGUGGCUUCCUAAACUACACUGACUCUCGUAUAAACCAGGACAAACUAUCCGGACCUGUAGUCGAAUGUAACAGUAAUUGCAAGUGCGAUAUCAACUGUGGAAAUCGCCUAAUUCAACAUGGUCCGCUAGACUGUCUAACAGUGAGAGAAACACAGAGCAAAGGUCUCGGUCUGGUUACAGAAAAGAUCAUCAGGAAAGGACAGUUCAUAUGCGAAUACGCUGGUGAGGUGAUAGGUCUCGAGGAGGCCAGACGUCGUGUCGAAAUUAAUAAGAGGACCAACAGUAUGAAUUACGUUCUUGUUGUCUCUGAACACGUCAGUAGUAACACUAUUGUCACCUGCAUAGAUCCAAAGUAUUUCGGUAACAUUGGUCGCUACGGCAAUCACAGCUGUCAACCAAAUUCCACCCUGGUACCUGUCAGAGUCGAAGGUGUCAUACCGCGACUUUGCCUAUUUGCAUCCAGGGACAUUCAAGCAAAUGAAGAAGUAACUUUUGAUUAUGGAGGAGGAGUAGAAAAUUCCGUCCAGGUUCACAGCGAUACACCCUGUCUUUGCGGCGCUGACAAUUGUCUUAGUUAUCUGCCUCAUCAUCCAAUCUAAAUAUCAUUUAUGGUUCAUGGAUAUCUAGAAGGUACAAUAAGAAGUUAGGAAUUUGUUGUAUCGCUAAUAUUGAUAAUACAAUCAAUCUAUCAAUUGAUUGAUUGAUCAAACUCUUACUGUAAAUUCCAUGCUCUAUCGUUUUAAGUUAAAACUUUUUAAUGAUUCAGUCAUCGUAUUUAUAUACUUAUGACAUGUUCAGAGCGCCAUUAAAAUUUCCUAUAUAUUCGGCACGAAUGUUCAUUGUGGAAAUAGGGGAUGAAAUUGAGGCAGAUCAUGGUACUGUUUGACCUAUGAUCUAUGUGUUUCUGAAUUGUUUUAAUCGUUCCUUAUGUACGUUCGUAGCUGAAUGCGAAUUAAACUGUGUUCGAGCGCGCCUUUCGGCUAAAAAUAUAAUUUCUAUUUCUUUCUUUUCUUUCUUUUUAAUCAGGGACCCUGCGAUAACACAUUUGCAUAAUGAAUAAUAAAAAUUACGAAAGUAUACACGUGCCAAACGGUUGCACAGCGUGCAGCGAACACUCGAUACUCAGUUUUAUUCGUCACGUUUUGCAAAUAGCUCUUGUCUCGAUUAAUUAACAGUACACAGUUAUUACCAAUUUAUAACCUUUCGCGCUGAUAUGCUUUUAUUUUCACGUUAUCAACUAAUUAGUACCGGUAAUUAUCUCAUGAAAGUCCUUGGGACUCCUGAGCUCUUGCGUGCGACUCGAAUACCUUUGGUUACUGGGUACUUCAAUGUAUAAUUAGUUUAAUACCGAUCAAACUAUAGCAUUAUUCAUUCAAUUAUUUUCAUUAUCACGUUCUGAAGUAAUUAUUUUCACCAAGCGGUGCUGUUGCUUUAUUACGAGUUGCUUCAUUUAGGAUUAGUUUAAAUAUAAUAUAUUGCGCACGUUGGGCUUGAAAGGGGAUAAUUUUCAAUGAAAACAGUAAGAGAAGUUAGUAAUAAUAUAAAAACAGAUUUAAACGAUUACCGAAUGAUAUCAUUAAUCAUGCAUAAUACUUAUGACAACAAGACGCUUGAUGCAUGGAUUUUCAUAUUUUCUAAAGAUUUUAUUUCAUUUUUUUUGCUCUUUUUAUCUUUAUUUUACCUUCUCUUUUUUCCUAUUCGUAUAAACACAUUCAAAACGCGGUGAAUAGAUACACUUUUUCAAAUCACGUAAGACUGUUAACGAUAUUGAGAUUGUUACAAGCUCUGCAUCAGAGUAUCCGACUUACAUAUAUAUAUUUGAAACUACGAUUAGCAUAUAAUUUGAUUACAUCAAUAACUUCUUGAUAAGAUUCAAAAGAAAUAGGAAAAAUAGCUUGUGUCGCAAGUGCGAGUCCGAAUAGGUCGGAAAAUCCUAGAGAAAUUGAACUCUUAUUUUUUGGUUUUUGUUUUCGUGAUAUCGCAGUGUUUUUCGUUAAUCAAAUUUUCUCUAUUGUCGCUCGUAAAUGUAAGCAAAAUACAAGAUAUGCGAGAUUCAUAAUACAACUUGCGACAACACCAAUUAGCUAAGAAAACAUCUUGUGUAAUUUGGGACAUAAUAUCUAAGAGAAUAUUGCUAAUUUGUAUGUUGUUAAUGUUUGAAAGGCAUUGCCAGUUGUUAUAUCAGACACUAUAAAAUGUUAUUGAUUUCUCAUUAUGCUGUCAAUAAAGUGUAGAGGAUAUUUCAUCAUUUUGCA